UUGUUGCAGUUAUUGGCAUAACGUUAAUGGUUUUGUCCUGUUCGUGACCUUCUCAAAUUUGUUUUUUGAUAUCGGUUUUUUGUAGACAUCUCGCAUAGGAUUGCUCAUCAACGAUGUCCGGCGAAAGAAUCAACAGGAAUUCCCGGAAUUUGCUAAGCGUUGCCGAGCCCUGAUCAAGGAAUGGCAGAAGUUGGUGUCUGCUCCGAACUCGGCGCAGACACACAAAGAAGGAGUGUCCCCGAAACUCGAUCGUCGCUACAGGCCUGCCGAUGGCUUACGAAGGACUGCGUCGAGUGCUUCGGUGCCCGGUGUCGUUCGAUCUAACUCGUCGCCCCGAUUGGUCACACCGGUGAGCGAGAAGUUGCUUCACCCGGUCGCUUCCUGCACUAUUGAACCUGUAGCGGCGGCAAGCGACUCUCGUAAUAGUCACGGUGAUCAUUCGGACAACGGUCAUUCAGCGGCGUCCGGCUCUAGAGCGAAUGGUGGGACGAUGGUGAAUGGCGAAGACGUAUGUCCGUUGCGCAUUAGGAUUAAAUUCGGUCCAUUGGAUGAGAACAGCAUCGUUCGGUCGGUCGACUCGCUGGGUAACGGUGCGACUGCAGCCGACAGGACCACG